AUGAAUCUGAAAAUGGUGCCACUUCUUCGAUCAAAAACACUCUCCUCCGUUGCUAAUUUUUCAAGGUUUCAAGUGAUAACCGACUCAUUCAACAAGCAGGGCAAUGGCACUCAGAACUUCACUGAUGCCAAAAUCAUAAUUACUGAAGGGUGUUGCCGUUGUUGUUGCUGUACCUCAUCUGACUUGCAUGGGCUUUUGUUGAAGUACUGGUUGUUCCAAUCAGACACGACAAAGACAUUCCUGCGAUGGAAGCUUCUUCCACCACCGGAUCCAAUUUUGGUGAGGUCUUUGUCUCAAGUAUGGAAUAUUUCACAGAAUAUGCUCUCACGAGCUGGUGCUGUAUUCACAGGGAUUUCUUAUGUUGAAGCUAUGCACAGGAUGCUGGUACAAGUGGCUAGACCUAGAUGCUUUCCUUGUUGCACUCUCCUCACACUCUCUGGAGCUUUUACAUGCACAUUAAAGUCUGAUCCACAAGUAAUUAAGAAUUCAGUUCUUAAUGCUAAUGUUCUCGGAAGCCAAAGUGUUGGACUCGGUGGCGUAGUAAACUCAUUCAACAACUUGAGUGAAGACAUACAAGAAUUCCACAAUGCAACAGUCAAAUUUGAAGUGUCUAGCUGUACCUCAACUAGCGGAGUCAGAUUCGGUGUGCUAGCAAACUCUUUCAACAAUAAGGGUAAUGGCACCCAGAACUUCAGCAAUGCCACAAUCAUAAUUAUCGGUGGCUGUUGUUCUGGUUCAUUUGACUUGCAUGCCGAAGUAUUGGACGCUAUGUCGCAGAAAACUUAUUCAACUAUGAAGGUAAUGGGUUACAGGACUACAGCAAUUCAACAAUCACAGUUCCAGGAUUUUGCUCCGAUCAUCAUCCUCCCAUUCCAUGUCUGGAUCCUACGACUCCGACGCUGCUUAAAUGUAUACAAUCUUCUUUCACAUCAUUGGCUCCAAGAUGGUAAAAUCCCAACCGUUGAUUCCGCUACUUCGACGGUCUCGGCAUCGGGCACUUUCAGUUCCAUUGGAGUCAGCUGGGUUCUGCUACAGUUGUGUCUUCUUCAUCGGUUGGAGUCAGAACCAGAACGAUGA